AAUAUCUCCGCCUUUCGCCCCCCUCUCCGCACUCUCAACUCACCGCUCAUUCCUCUCUUUUCUCUCCUUUUACCCUAAUCCUACUUCACCAACCAGGAUUCAACAUGAAGGGAGGAAAAUCAAAGUCAGAGACGAAGAGCAGCAAGCUCACCGUGAAAUCGAAAGCCGGAAAGAAAUCGGGGAAGGCUGCUAAGGAUCCGAACAAGCCAAAGAGGCCUGCUAGCGCCUUUUUUGUUUUCAUGGAGCAGUUCCGUGAGCAAUACAAAAAGGAGCACCCUAAAAACAAAUCCGUUGCUGCUGUUGGCAAAGCUGGAGGAGAUAAAUGGAAGAGCUUGUCUGAAGCUGAAAAAGCACCUUAUGUAGCCAAAGCAGAGAAGCGGAAGGCCGAGUAUGAAAAGAACAUGAAAGCCUACAACAAGAGACAGGCCGAGGGUACCAAAGAUGAAGAUGCGGAAUCUGAUAAGUCUGUGUCUGAGGUCAAUGACGAAGAUGAUGAUGAGGAUGGCAGUGGAGACGAAGAUGAUGACGAGUAGGGAUGAUCCUCGGAGGAUAGCAUAAUGAAUGUAGAAUGUGACAGUGUUUGAUCAAAAUCCUAUGUUAAUGCUUUUGAUGUUUUCCAUGUUUAUUCUCUUAGAUGGAACAUGUCAUCUAAAGAAAGAAAUGUACCUCUGAAUCCUGUUGGUUUCCUUUGACCUUCAGAAAUCAAGUAGUUGUAGAUGUUUAUAUCUGCUGCUAUAUGUACUUUUUGAUUUAAAGUUAAGUGGUUUAGAUAAAUCCUUUUGUAGAGAAUUAAUCCUUUAAUUUCCAAUUAGAAUCUGAUUGUU